UACAUGAUUACUCGAGUAUUGUGACUUGCACUAGGUUUUGAUUACUCAAGUCAUGUUACUUUACUGUAAUUCAACUUCUUGUAUCGUGAUUUCACAUUACCAGCUUGUUUCGCGUAUAAUUUAGUGCUGAAUUUUGUAGUAUAUGAUUUGCGGAAUUCUCAUACAUCUGCUUUGAGUUUUUAUUUUUACACGGUUGUUACUCUGUAAAUUUAUGCAUAAAGACAAUCGAUUAUAACAUUUCAGUAGAAUCAGAUAAGUGAUUAGGAGGUAGUAGAAUUUAAAAUUACUAGUGUUGAUUAUGACAGAACAUAGCAUUCUGGAAGGACUAUUGAGCAGCCUUUAGGAUUUAUGUUUUCACGCUUGCGUGGAGUAAGAUUCACGAUGAGGAUGCAAUGCCUGGAUACAAAAUUCUUUACUUCAACUUCUCUGGUGCCAAUGCAACUUCCUUCCCGAAUGGAAACUCAUCUUUGGUAUGUUAAACCUAAUGAAGUAAAGAGUGAACAACUCUUAAACAAAUACUUGGAAUUUCUGCCAAAGUCUGAAAAAGAACAUGUUUUUAGCAUGCGUGGUGAUGAAUUGCGAAAAGGAGCUCUGCUUGCUCGUGCUCUUGUUCGAACUACCAUUGCGAGAUAUCAGAUAAAUCAAGUUAGUCCAAGGUCUUUGAAGUUUAGGAAGAACAUCCAUGGGAAGCCUGAGGUAGACUGGCAACAGAUAGAGGAUUGGCAUCCUCAACAAUUGCAUUUCAAUAUUUCACAUACCGAAUCUCUAGUAGCAUGUGGAGUGACGACGCAUAAUCCAAUUGGCAUAGACAUAGAAGAAAAGGAACGGAAGAUUAAACACAGCAUCUCAUCAUUUGCUAAAAGAUACUUUUCCCAGCAAGAGGUGCAACUAUUAAGUUCUAUUUCAGACCCCGAAAUUCAGCGCCAGGAGUUCAUAAAAUUAUGGACGCUCAAGGAGGCUUAUGUUAAAGCAUUAGGUAGGGGAUUUUCUGGAUCACCAUUCAAAACGUUUACCAUCCGGUCUGCAGCUGCUAGCAAAGAAAGCAUUCAUCUUUCUGAAAGUUCCAGUUUUGAGAAUUCUGACAUAGUGGUCGAGUCUUUAGAGGAUUCUACCAACCACACAGGCGAUUGGCAAUUUGCACUCUUGGAAUUGGCUGGGUCUCAUUAUGCUGCUAUUUGCUCAAGAAAGGACUGUGCCAAUAUAGACAAAAGCCAUCCUAUGAAAAUUGGAGUGUGGAGGACAAUUCCACUUGUUGAAGAUGAAUAUGUUUCCGGGACUAAUUCUGUCAUCGCCGUUGGGGGGCUAAUGUAAGUAGCAAUUUUGUGCUAGUUAACCAACCGAUUAUUAUUGUUGCUGGCAUGAUGUAAUCAGGAUUUCAGAUUGGUAUUGCAAGUAUUUAACUAAUGGUAUUGAAUGCAUCUCAAAUCGAGAUAAAUUGGUCCUCUUGAUCUUGUAUAUAGGGAUUACAACUUCAACUGUGUAGACUAGAGAGGUUAAUGAGGUACGACAUUUGAUCUAACUGAUCUGGACUGUAUUGCAAUUGUAAUGCUUACAAUUAUUUAUAUGAAAAGCAAAGAUUGCUGUUGUA